UAUACUAAGAGCGCUAGAAGAUUUAAUGUUAGCCGUAGAACGCUCGUACGGCCGCAUCAAGGUCUAUCUACCUCACGCACUAUCCGCUAUCAAAAUCAGCAGGCUCUCCACCCAGAACAGGAAAUUAAGCUUACAGAAUAUAUAGACCCACUUAGCGUAAGCGGCACAGAACCUAAUAGAAAUCUCGUUCAGAGUUUUGCUGCGGAGAUCGCGCAGAAAGAGAUUAGUUAUCACUAG